AUGUCCAAAGUGAACAAAGAAGGUGCUCAGCAGACGUCGCUGCUCGAUGUGCUGAAGAAGAAGAUGCGACAAGCUCGCGAGGAGGCGGAAGCCGCUAAGGAUGAGGCCGACGAGGUGCAACGUCAGCUCGAAGAGGAGCGCAAAAAGCGUGAAGACGCUGAAGCCGAAGUUGCGGCAUUGAAUCGCCGCAUUGUGCUCGUUGAGGAGGAUUUGGAACGUACUGAGGAUCGCUUGAAGAUCGCCACUUCAAAGUUAGAGGAAGCUUCGAAAGCGGCUGAUGAAGCUGAACGUGCUCGCAAGUCGAUGGAGACCCGUUCGCAGCAGGACGAGGAACGUGCGAACUUCCUCGAAACGCAGGUAGACGAGGCUAAAGUGAUUGCCGAGGACGCCGAUCGCAAGUAUGAAGAGGUUGCCCGUAAGUUAGCAAUGGUUGAAGCUGAUCUCGAGAGAGCCGAAGAACGUGCCGAAGCUGGAGAGAACAAAAUCGUCGAACUCGAAGAAGAGCUGCGUGUCGUCGGAAAUAACCUCAAAUCACUCGAGGUGUCCGAAGAAAAAGCACUUCAACGUGAAGACUCGUAUGAGGAACAAAUCCGUACCAUCUCUGCUCGUCUGAAGGAGGCUGAAACUCGUGCCGAGUUUGCUGAACGCUCUGUCCAAAAACUCCAGAAGGAAGUGGACAGACUCGAAGAUGAAUUGCUGCUGGAAAAGGAACGUGUGCGUAAUCUGACGGAGGAAAUCGAACAGACAGUGCAAGAGAUCCAAGGAUCAUGA